AUGACUUGUGAUCGACCUGCACAGAUCCUGGCGAAUGCCUUGCAUCUCCCUUUCCCGCUCGCGCUCUCUCUCUCUCUCUCUCUCUAUCUAUCUAUCUAUCUAUCUUUUGUUUUCUGCGUUAUUCAGACGCCUGGAACUAUGUCUUCUGCUUCUUUCUGCUUUUUCUUUCUCUGCCUUGAUUCAACUUUCUCUGCUUAUUCAUAUCAAACAGCGAUUUCUCAGUUUGUAAGCCUCUCCCUUUUCUAUUGGUCUGUGCAUAUCUAUCUAUCUAUCUAUCUAUCUAUCUAUCUAUCUAUCAAAAGCUUUCUCUUCCGUUUCCGUUCCAAUCUCAAACUUGCAGUAGACUCCAUUUAUGGUCAAGGUGCCCAUUCAUUAUCAUAUGAUGAUUGCUAUAUUCACACUUUAUUUCUAUCUAUCUAUCUAUCUAUCUAUCUAUCUAUCUAUCUAUCAAAAAAAAAAACACUUACGCGACCUUGUGGGCGAUGA